UUCCCGCUCCAAUUCUAAAGUUCAAACACACUCUCCAAGCUCGACUAACUAAGCAGGAAGCUCGGACACAUGACCAAGAAGCUCACCUCCGCCAUGGCCGGGAAGCAGGAUUUUAUUCGCAAGGCGCAAUUCGACGAUCAGCGUGGAGGCGGCGAGAGCGCGGCGGCGGGGUUCGGGGGCAGGUUGGUCUCCCACGAGCAGGAGGACGCCAUCAUCGUCGCGGCGCUGCGGCACGUGGUGUCCGGGUACAGCACGCCGCCGCCGGAGGUCGUCACGGUGGCGGGCGGCGAGGCGUGCGGGGUCUGCAGCAUCGACGGGUGCCUCGGGUGCGACUUCUUCGCGGCGCCGGAGCUGGCACAGGGAGCGAGCCGUGGCACGGCAGGGCAGAUGGCGGCGGAGGCGGGAGGGGAGCGGCAGAUGAGGCCACGGCGGCGGCGAAAGAAGAACAUGUACCGCGGCGUGCGGCAGCGGCCGUGGGGCAAGUGGGCGGCGGAGAUCCGCGACCCGCGUCGCGCGGCGCGCGUGUGGCUGGGCACGUUCGACACCGCCGAGGAGGCCGCCAGGGCCUACGACUGCGCGGCGCUCGAGUUCCGCGGCCCGCGCGCCAGGCUCAACUUCCCGGGCCAUGGCGACGCCGCCACCGCGGCGGCGGGGACCGCGACGAGGACGCCGUCGCCGUGCAGCGCGGACGCUGCGGAGACGACGGCGGCGACGCCGGGGGAGUGGCGGAUGGGCGGCGCGGACGGAGCGGGAGACGAGCUGGUGUGGGACGGCCUGCAGGACCUGAUGAACAUGGACGAGGCGGACCUGUGGUUCGCGCCAUUUGCUGGCACUGCUGCGUCCAGUUUCUGAGAGCUCAUCCUGUACUGUCAGUUGUGUACACAAAAGUAGUGCGGUUGUUACUACUACUGAUUAGGUCUCAGGUAGGCUAACUGGGAGUGGCAUUCUUUCGUUGUGCAUUGAACAUAGCUAGCCGGUCCGUCAAAAUUGGAUUGAUUUGUAGAUUGACAUUCUUGAAUUGUGUAUAUUGAUUGGUGGAUGGAGAAUUCUUUUUCAAUGGAUUUCUGAGGAAACUGUUUGAUAGAA